AUGAAAGGCGCUGAUUUCCCGCCGAUCCUUCUGGCUCCUCUCCUUAUCUUUGCCACGCAAGUGGGGACUGUGGAUGCGGGCAGCCCCUUCUCGGGCUCUCGCUCUGGCGGCCAGCAGCCGCCCCGAGAUGCCCCGAGUUUCUCCCGGCAGCAGAGAAAGAGCUUAGCGAUGGAUUUCAUCGUGCCGUCGCUGUUCCGGACCUACCUGAGGGAGCUGGUGCUGGGCGACGCGGGCAGAGGCGAAGCCUUGGGCGGGUUCAAGGCGCACUGCAGCCUGGUGCUGGACUGCCCGCCGCUUUUGCGCGCCGCCAGCUCUUGGCAGCCGAGGAGCGGAGCCUCGGAGCCCGCCGGCCGCGCCAGAGCCCAGUCCAAGGUGCUGAAAGGCGGUGCGGUGCGAAAGCUGCGCCGCGCCAAGCAGCUGGUGCUGGAAGUGGGCGAAGCCAACCUAAGGGACGACUGUGCGUGGCGUUCCGAGGAAGGAGUCGUGGCGACGGCGAGCCGGCUCGAGUUUACCCUCACCGAGGAAUUCAGCUGGUGGAUCCGCUCCGGGGAAGGCAGGCUGAGAGUUCGGUUGAUGCCCGAAAAGAAGGCAUCGUUCUUGGGCAGGGAAGGCAGCUUAUCAGCGGCCAUCAGGGCAUCCCGGCCCCGCCUAUUUUUCCAGAUGGCCACCAGAGAUAUCAGCAUUCCAGAAUCGCCAACAAACAGUCCCCCACAUUCUUUGGAUUUCACUGCCUGGAACUUGUCCUGGGUGAUGAAAGAUUCCUCCCCUUCCUUCAUUCCAAGAGGGCGGCACUUUUUUGAUUGCAAUUUUGAAACACCCUGUGAUCUAGAAUAUUCCCCACCACUGAGGGAGAGCCAUAACAGAUCCUGGCAUAGACUAAAUGCAGAUGAGCUCUCACAGCUUCAUGUUCUGGAUGGUCCAGAGAGAGACUACUCUGCAGGUUCUACAAAAGGUUCAUUCUUGUAUCUUAAUACAUCAGAAAAUAUGAACUUCCUCCUUUUGAGUCCAUGGCUGAGAAGCAGCAGUGAAAACUGCAUGGUGCAAGUGGCUGUCUACAAAUACUUCCAACCAAAUGGGAAGUAUGUUGCUCAGGUCCUCCAUGCUAAUGAAAGCCACAUCAAAGCCCCAUUGAUUCCUGGCAGAGAAAAAUAUGGUUGGGUGCUUCUUCAACAAAGGGUUGGAUAUCUAGAAAAGCCUUUUCGGAUCUCCUUGGAGUAUACUGCUAAUGGAAACAGGAGUGUAGCUGCUGUUGAUUCAUUUGCAAUGAAGAACUGCAGCACAGGACCUCCAUCUGUCUCUAAAAUGGCUCUUCAGAGUUAUUUCAGCUGCUGGAAUGGAACAGUGAUCAAGCUGAGACGGGUGUGUGACUUCAUCAAAGAUUGUGCAGAUGGAGAAGAUGAAGGACAGAUAUGCAAAAACCUCCCUACUGGUUUCUAUUGCUCCUUUGAGGAUGGAGAGUGUGGCUGGACUCAGAGCUCAUCAACUUCAUCAAAGGCCCAACUGUGGCAUAUUGGGAAUCCAGAAUAUCAACACUUUUGUUCACUGAAAGAAUGUGCCCUUUUGCUUAACACCAGUGAGAGUCCCAAUGCAGAGACAGUUAUGGUGACUAGUGCUGUAUUUCCAGCUCCAAUGAAGAAUUCUCCCUGUGAGCUUCAGAUAUCAUGGCUCCUCCAAGGCACAUUGCUUGGAGAUGUCUCCCUUGUCCUUGUUGAGAACAAGACUGGAAAAGAGCAGAGCAGAAAGCUCUGGCACUUGAAUGACCAGAAAGGAUUGGGAAUAUGGCAAAAGAUGAUCAGACCUCUCCCUGAUGUUUUUGACAGAUUUUGGCUUCAGAUUAUUGCAUCCUGGAAAGCUGGAUCAGAAGCCAUCAUUGCCUUUGAUAAUGUGUCUCUCAGCCUGGACUGUUAUCUGACAAUCAAUGAAGAGAAGACAUAUCGACAUAACAGACCAGAUGCAGGCAAUCUGCUCUAUGAAAGAGGUAGGGGAGAAGGACAUUUUGAAGAAAAACCAACACAGUUUACUGUUCCAGUUGGCUUUGGAGUCAUCCACAGGUUCAAAAGAAGUCAUUGUGAGAGAACUUCUGGACUUUUUCAGUAG